AUGUCUGUUAUACUAGCGUCUGCGGGUUACGAUCACACCAUAAGAUUUUGGGAUGCACUAACAGGUGUUUGUUCAAGAACAAUUCAACAUCCAGAUUCACAAGUCAACAGAUUAGAAAUAACAUCAGAUAAAAGAUACUUAGCAGCUGCUGGAAAUUUAUAUGUAAAAUUAUAUGAUAUACGACAGAAUGGAUCAUCUGGUAAUGGAGGUUCAAACAAUGUCUCAAAUGGUGGUACGACAAGUAAUCAACAAGGUUCAUCAUCAUCAAAUAAUUCAAAUAACAGUAAUAAUAAUCCAGUAAUGACAUUUGAAGGUCAUACCACAAACGUUACAUCAUUAGCAUUUCAAGCAGAUAAUAAAUGGAUGGUUACAUCAAGUGAAGAUGGAACAGUUAAAGUAUGGGAUGUACGGUCUCCUUCAGUACAAAGAAAUUAUAAACAUAAUUGUCCAGUAAAUGAAGUAGUUAUACAUCCAAAUCAAGGUGAAUUAAUAAGUUGUGAUCAAGAUGGAAAUAUUCGAGUCUGGGAUUUGGGAGAAAAUCAAUGUACUCACCAUUUAAUACCUGAAGACGAUGUACCUAUUAAUUCAUUAAGUGUUGCAAGUGAUGGAUCAAUGUUAGUUGCUGGAAAUAAUAAAGGUAAUUGUUAUGUUUGGAAAAUGCAAAAUCAAAAAGAUUUAACUUCUUUAACACCAGUUACUAAAUUUAGAUCACAUUCAAAAUAUAUAACAAGAGUUUUGUUAAGUACAGAUAUGAAACAUUUAGCAACUUGUUCAGCAGAUCAUACUGCUAGAAUAUGGUCAACAGAACAAAAUUUCGCUCUAGAAACUACAUUACAAGGACAUCAAAGAUGGGUAUGGGAUUGUGCAUUUAGUGCAGAUAGUGCAUAUUUAGUGACUGCUUGUUCUGAUCAUUAUGUUCGAUUAUGGGAUUUAUCAAAUAGUGAAACUGUAAGACAAUAUAAUGGACAUCAUAAAGGUGCUGUUUGUGUUGCUUUAAAUGAUGUUUAA